AUGAGCCACAGCCCAGAGAGAAUUUCAUCCUACCGCCGUCACUUUGAGGACAGCAGCAGCUCGUCCUACCAAGUGAGGGUGUCCAGCCCAUCCCCCACCAGGAGAGAUACCCGCAAUGCCUCUGCCGGCUACUCCUGCAGAGGGGCCAGCAGCAUGCGUGUGGAGUCAGUGGGACGGAGGAACGUCUCAGCUGCACGCAGAUCUCGCAUGAUUGGAGCAGGUGUGGGUGCAGGAGCCAUGGUGUGUGUUGGACCAACUGGAGAACCUGCUAUGGAUCUGGAUGCGGCUGCAGCUGAGAACCAAGAGUUCCUCAGCACCCGCACGACUGAAAGACAGGAGAUGAUCGUCCUCAAUGAUAGACUUGCUGUCUACAUUGACAAGGUCCGAUCACUUGAGCAGCAGAACACGCUGUUGGAAACAGAGAUUGAGGCCUACCAGAACCGCUUUGAGAAGCCAACAGGUCUGCGCCUCUUAUAUGAGGAACAACUGAGGGAGCUGAAGAAGAUUGCUGACCAGUUGAGAGUCCAACGGGACAUCUCCUUGGCGACUAAAGAGUCCACAGCUGCUCAACUUGAGGCAAUCAAAAUCAAAUAUGAGGAGGCAGUGGAGCUGCGAAAGAAAGCUGAGUUAGACAUUGAAACCUUCCGUCCAGAUGUUGACAAAGCUACAUCCUCCCGCAUUGUUCUGGAGAAGAAGCUGGAGCAGCUGGAAGUUGAAAUUGAGUUCCUGAGGCGCGUCCAUCAGCAGGAAAUAGAUGAACUCAUGAAACAGAUCUAUGCAGCUCAUGCCUCAGCUCAGAGUGCAUUUGCCCUGCCUGAUCUGGGAGCUGCUCUGAAACAAAUCCAAAACCAGUAUGACGAUAUUGCAGCCAAAAAUCUUGAGGAGAUGGAUUCCUGGUAUAAAAACAAGUUUGAAGAUCUAACCAGUAAGGCCUCAAAGCAUGUGGAUAGGGUUCGAGGCUUCAGAGAGGAAUUGGCAGGUGCCAAAAAAGAUAUCCAAAGCAAGGAGCGCGACUUGGACGCCCUGAGGACCAGGAAUGAAGCCCUUGAGGCCCAGAUCCGAGAGAUGCAGGAAAAGUACAGGAAGGAACAGGAAGUACUGCAGGCUCGGAUUGAGACUCUGCAGCUUGAGCUGAAAACCAUAAAGGAGAAAAUUGCACUGCACCUGCGUGAAUACCAGGACCUCCUGAAUAUCAAGAUGUCUCUGGAAAUUGAGAUCACAACAUACAGAAAACUAAUUGAAGGAGAAGACCUGCGCCUUUCUGGGAUGGUGAAAACCUUGUCUCUCACCACCUGUAGCAUGAGCGCCAUUGGUGCAGGGAUGAGCUUCAGUGGAGGAGGCAUGGGUGGUGCUGGUGGAGUAAGUGGUGGGAUGAUUGGAGGUAGUAGUGGUGGCGUUGGGAGCAUGGGGGGUGGAGUGGGAUUGGGUGGGGGCAUUGGUGCAGGAGGCAUGGGGAUAAGAUCAGGCAGCAGUGCUGGAGGAAUGGGCGGAAGAAUGGGUACUGGAGGCCCAGAUGACAAGAGGGGUCCUCUGAGUAGGGCAGGUGGGACAGGGGGAGCAGACGUGGGUGUUGGUCAUGGAUUGGGAGCUGGAGGUGUGGGUGCUGGAGGCUUGGGCAUUGGGGCUGGAGGUAUGGGUGCUGGGGGCUUAGGCAGUGGGGCUGGAGGUAUGGGCACUGGGCCUGGAGGCUUUGGUGCUGGGGGCUUAGGCACUGGGGCUGGAGGCGUUGGUGCUGGGGGCUUAGGCACUGGACCUGGAGGCGUUGGUGCUGGGGGCUUAGACACUGGGGCUGGAGGCUUGGGCAUUGGGGCUGGAGGCAAGGGUGGCACUGCCAUAGGUGGUGCGGGUGGUGACACUGCAGGUUCAGUUGGCACAGGCAGCACUGGUGUGGGGUUCAGUGGUGGUAAAGGUGGCAUUGGUGGAGGGAUGGGUGAUGUGACAGGUGGAGGUAUAGACAGGGAUGCAAGUAAAGAUCCUGGAAUGGGUGGCAGAAUUGGUGGAAUUACUGAGGGUGUAGGUGGAGGAGAUGAAGGUGUUGCACUGUCAGGGGUUGGUGGGACAGGAAAGAUUGGUGGAGGAAUGGGUGACACCAGGGGUUCUGGGAUGGGAUAUGGAUCCAAUGGUUUUGAUGGCAACAAUGAGGCCUACGCGGAGCAGGCUGUGGAGCUGACAGAGAGAAGGACUGUGCUCAUUAGAACGGUGAAAAAUGAGGAUGACGUGCUUGAAAUGGACCACCAGGAACAAACCUACACUAUUACUGGCGCAGCCAGUGACUCUGAUGAAGACUAAGCAGCUCAAAUCCGCAACUGACCCCCUUUCGCCCUUCACCGCCCACGCCCCUCUGAGCUUUGCACUGACCAAACCCCGUGUCUGGACACUGACCUCCGCCCUUUGCCCUGGACAUGAAGACCAUGGAUGACCCUUUGCUACUAAAUGAAACCUUUACUUCGUAGGGUUUAAAUAUGCUUCACCCUGAACACUCAACAUGGUUUCAAAACUUUUGUGCCUUCCCUAACCCCCACCCUUUCCUACU